GCCUCAGCAGAGCAUAGUACGGUGUAUGUUAAGCUGGUUACGGGAACCGCCAUAGCGUGGUCGCUGUCGCACGUUGGGUUAGACUUAACUGAGUCUCGGUCAAAUGGAUGGACGACUCAGAGGCAGUAAGUUGGGGUCAUCAAUGACAAGACGGAUGAUUUUACUCACUCAUCCAGCCAGGAGUUGGAUCUUUAUGAUUUAAUUGGAACUCUAUUCCUAACCAAAGUAGUCUGCUUGUAAGACGUGCCUCAGCCAAUUACAAAAAGGAAAAAUUAUCUGGAACCAACUUUCUUGAUUGGGAGAUGAAUCUUAAGAUUGUUCUCGAAUGCGAGAAAAAGCUCUACGUCCUUACCUCUGAGCCUCCCAAAGCUCCUGAAGCGAACGCCCAUGCUGCAGAAAUUACUUUGUACAAGAAGUAUGAAGACGAUGCACGUGAUGUGAGAUGUCUCAUGCUAGCCACCAUGACCCCGGAGCUCCAAAGGCUCCAUAAGGACAUGGAAGCUCAUCCUAUGAUGACUCGCUUGAAAGGUCUAUACCAAGGCCAGGCUAGACAUGAGCGUUUCAAAAUCUCUACGACUCUGUUUUCCAGUAAGCUGGCAACGG